AUGUCCACCCUCUCCCAGCCCGCACAGCCCUCCUACCUCAUCAUCGGCGCCGGCGUCUUCGGCAUCAGCACCGCCUACCACCUCAUCAAAGCCAACCCCUCCGCCAACAUCACCAUCGUCGACCGCGACGCCUACGACGCCGAAUCCCGCGUCGCCGCCUCCUGGGACUGGAACAAAGUCGUCCGCGCCGACUACGAGGACAUUGUCUAUUGUCGCUUGGGACUGGAGGCGCAGGAUGUGUUCCGUUCAGAUCCCUUGUGGAAACCUUACUUUCAUGAAACGGGGAUUUUCUGGACGUGUCGGGAUGAGUUUAGCGGUGCGGUGAUUGGGAACUACGAGAAGCUGGGCAGGAAGGCGGAUCUCAAGGCUGUCAGUGUGGCGGAAGCGAGGAAGAUGUACGGGGGUUUGUUCGAGGAGGCGGAUUAUGCGGGCGUCAAAGAGGUUCUCAUCAAUCGCACCAGUGGAUGGGCGGCUGCGGGGGAUUGUCUGGGCGCGGUGACGAGGGAGUGUUUGAGGUUGGGGGUCAAGUAUGAGGUCGCCGAGGUGGAGGGGUUGCGUUUUGAUGGAAAGGGAGCCUGUGUGGGCGUGCAGACGAAGAAGGGGGGUUUGGAGGCGGAGAAGGUCGUGCUGUGUACGGGCGCGUAUACGGCGAAGUUGCUCGAGAUGAGCGCAAAGGGGAGUGGGAGGGGGAAGUUGAGCGCGGAGGGCAGGAUUGUGGCGGGUGGGAUUACGACGGGGAUGACGAGGCUGGAGGAGGAGGAUUAUAGGCGGCAUGCUUCGAUGCCUGUGGGGGUGCAGGGGUAUACUUCGCCUAGCCCCUUCAUCGGCUCCCUCCCCCCAACCAAAGACCGCGAGCUCAAAUGGUGGGGCCAGACCAUCUUCUCCAACACCCGCGACGUCUGCGGCAGACCCGUCUCCAUCCCGCCGCCCGAACCGGACUACGCGCAGUGGAAGGUCUCGAAGCGGCUGAAGCAGGACAUUGAUCAUGCGAAUAGCGUGUUCUAUGGCAAGAAUGGGGCCGCGUGGAAGAUGGAUAAGUAUCGGAUUUGCUGGGAUGCUUUCACUACGUCUGGGGACUUCAUCAUCUCCCCCCACUCCGCCGCCCCAGGUCUCUAUGUCGCCACCUGCGGCAACUUCCACGGCUGGAAGUUCUUCCCCGUCAUCGGCAAGUACGUCGCGCAGAUGCUGGAAGGGUCGCUGGAGGAGGAUCUCAGGGCCAAGUGGGCGUGGGAUCGCGUGUGGCCGGACCCGAAAGAUUUUGCGGACUGGCCGCGGACGGAGAUGAGGGAGUUGACUGGGGAGGCGAGGUUGUAG